AUGAGUGGUGAUAUAUGUUUACAUGUGUGCAGAAACCAGAAGACUUUUCGCGCCAAAAAGGGCUCGACUUCUGGAAUCAAGAGUCAGCACCUUAAGAGGCACAUUGAUUCGACUUUGGGCAGCGGGAACUUGAAGGAAGCUGUGAGGCUGCCCCCGGGCGAGGAUGUCAACGAGUGGUGGGCAGUGAAUACUCUCGACUUCUUCAACCAUGUGAAUGUUCUCUAUAGCACUUUAACUGAAUUCUGCACACCGGCAACUUGUCCAACAAUGACUGCAGGGCCAAAGUACGAGUACAGAUGGGCCGAUGGAGUCACCAUAAAGAAGCCCAUCGCGGUGUCUGCUCAGCAAUACGUUGACUAUUUAAUGGAUUGGAUCGAAGCUCAGUUCAACGAUGAGUCCAUUUUCCCUCAAAAGCUAGGAAACCCAUUCCCGCGCAACUUCCAUGAUGUCGUGAAGACAAUCCUGAAGCGUCUGUUCCGUGUGUACGCGCACAUCUACCACUCGCAUUUCCAGAGGAUUGUGAGUCUGAAAGAAGAAGCUCAUCUCAACACUUGCUUCAAGCAUUUCAUGCUCUUUACAUCGGAGUUUGGACUGAUUGAGAAGGCAGAGCUUGCAGCUCUUGAUGACAUUGUUGAGUCUAUUUUGCAGAAGUAGAAUCAAUUGAAG